AUGUUAUCCAAACACACCUUCCAACUGUGCAUCGCUGCUGUGCCAGUGCUGGCGGUUUCGACGUCUGCAUCAUCGUUAGCGACAAAUACGAAUCCAACAACAACGCUUUUUGCCACGGCUACGGGUCGAGCUUCUGGUCUCAAUGCCGCAGCGAAGAAGUCUGGAAAGCUAUGGUUCGGUACUGCGGCUGAUAUCCCUGGCACAAACGAGAUCAAUGAUCCGUAUUAUAUGAAGGAAUUCAACAACAGCCGGGUCUUUGGUGAAGGUGAGUGUACCUGCAGACCUAGUAAUGAUGGAACAAAGGCCUAACAUGGGCGUAUUAGCGACGCCUGCCAACGCCAUGAAGUUCGACGCUACGGAGCCGCAACAGAAUAUGUUUGAUUUCACGGGAGCUGAGAGGUUUUUGGAAGUCUCUGAGGCGAGUCAUAAGUUGGUUCGAUGGUGAGUGAAGCCGCACGGACAUGUUUCAGCAAGGACUGAUGGGUUGGAUAGCCAUAACCUCAUCUGGGGCUCACAAAUACCGUCUUGGGUCACAAACCCUUCGACACCGUGGACUAAUGCAACGCUGAGCGCCGUGCUCAAGAACCAUGUACAGACUCUGGUCAAGCACUUCGGUGACCGCUGCUACAGCUGGGACGUCGUCAACGAAGCCUUCUCCGACAGCCCAGCCGGCUCAUACCUUGACAACUUCUGGUAUAACAACAUCGGGCCCGAGUACGUUCCCAUGGCAUUCAAAGCUGCUGCAGAUGCAGUCAAGGAGAACAACCUCAAAGUUAAACUCUACUACAACGACUACAACAUCGAAUACGCCGGCAACAAAUCCACCGCGGCCCAAAACCUCGUCCAAGAACUCCAAAGCCGCGGGAUCCAAAUCGACGGCGUCGGUCUGGAAUCUCAUUUCAUCGCCGGCGAGACUCCCUCCCAAGAGGCCCAGGAAUCCAACAUGAACGCUUUCACCGCCCUCGGUGUCGAUGUCGCCGUCACGGAACUGGACGUGAGGCUUACGCUUCCCCCUACCGCCGCUUCCGAGGCCCAGCAAGUCCAAGACUACUAUAGCACUGUCGCGGCUUGCCGGAAUGUGCAAAAGUGUAUCGGUGUUACCGUCUGGGAUUUUGUGGAUACGUAUAGUUGGGUGCCGAGUACGUUCGCCGGUCAAGGGUAUGCGGAUUUGUUUUUCCAGCCGCAGGGGCAGGAUACGACGUUGGUGAAGAAGGCGGCUUAUGAUGGAUGUCUGGAGGCGCUUACUGGGAAGGUGGAAGGGGUUUGA